GCAUUUUAAAAAUGGCUGCCUGGUUUGUGUCAAGGCCAUACCAACAUUGACAGUAGUGCCACAACAUACCACGGUUUUUCCGUUCCACGGUAUCUUGAUUUGUUGGAAUUCCAACCACAUUUGUGGUGUCGUGAAUGUGUGAACUUAUAGUGAUUAAUUUGGACAUUAUAUUGCGAGUGUAAACGGGACGUGUGGUAUCUACACAACUGCUACUUCUACAACAAUAACAACAACAACAUGUCGGAGCAGCAGCAGCAGAAACAACAGCAGCAGCAGCAAGUGGAGGGGGAGGUCGACGAGAAAACAGAAAUACUUCGGGUGACUUUCAAUUAUUUUGACAAGAACAAAGAUGGAACAGUAUCAGUGAGUGAGCUCGGUAAAGUGUUCCAGUCCCUCGGGCAAAAUCCGACCAACGAACAAAUAAGGCAAAUGAUUAGCGUGGUGGACGCCGAUAACAAUGGCAUUUUGAAUUUUGAGGAAUUCCGGAAGUUUGUGGAGAAGUAUCAAGGUGCACAGACGCAAGAUGACAGAGAAGCCGACUUGCGGAGGGCAUUUGAAAUCAUCGACAAAAAUAACAGUGGAUAUAUCAGUUUAAAAGAGUUUAAAACACUGGUGAAGAGCGUUGGCGAGAGACUAACCGAUGAGGAAAUAAAAGAGAUGCUUGAUGUUGCUGAUAUAGAUAAAGAUGAAAAAAUCAGUUAUGCCGAAUUUGCGAAGAUAUUGGCGUCCUGAUACCCUGGACAAAGUACGCGAAGUAAUGAGUUGAUAACAUCUUAACAUUACCUUGUGAAAUAGCUUCUCCACAUACCAAACAGAAUACAUAGCAGAGAUGGUAUGACAAUGCUGACUUUUCAUCCGACUGGGAAAUCAGGAAUGUUAUUCUGAUAAAUGGUGCCCUCCUUCAGUGGACUUGGUAAUAUUUCACUCGAAAACCCUUGGAAGAUAUUUACCUUUAGGCGUGUUUAUCUCCGUAUUUGAGUACAUUUGAACAAAACCAAUUUGAAAAUAUAGAAUGUAUUGUAAUGGUAAGUAAAGUCUUAACUAAUUAUCCACCUAAUGAUAUGCGAUAAGCGUACUUCUCUAGCUCAAGUUUGAUAAUAGAAAACAACAACACAAAAAACAAAACAAAAACAAAACAAAAAACAAAAAAAACAAACAAACAAACAAACAAACAAACAAUACUCCUUAUCUAGUUUGCUUUAAUUUGAAAUUUACUAACUCGAUAAGAUAAAUUAAAUAGCUAAUUAAUAAAAACUCCAAUCAUCCAGAAGAUAUGUUCCUGGACAUUUUCCUAGAGCGUACUUUCAUUCUGACAUUGUUACUUUUAUUUGUGAUCGCCUCUUUAUCUCAAUGGAAUACUUAUUUGCUGAGAUAAUCCGUCGUAGUAUUGCUAAACUGCGCAUUGAGUUGCUAUUAACACAAACAUUUAUAUAGGUGCCAAAUUUACAUUGUACAUAAACCAUUCUCCUCAAUAAAUCUUUAUCAAUAUCUCUCUUUCAAAAUAUGUAUCAAUAUUUCUAUAAAUGUAUCUAAACAAGUUACCAACAAUUUAUUUCUGUGGUAAAAAGAAAAAAAGUCUUUAAAUGCACGUAAUCGAGGAAUGUUUAUGUUUAAAUAAAUAUUAUGUACAAUAUUGAUAUGGCAAUUGUAUAUGUGAACAAAUUUCAUAUACAAAAAAUAUUAUGUAAAUAUGUCUAUAUAUAAAAAUAAAUAUUAUGUACAAUAUUGAUAUGACAAUUGUAUAUGUAAACAAAUUUUAUAUACAAUAAUAAUAUGUAAAUAUGUCUAUAUAUAUAAACACAUAUUAUGUACAAUAGUAAUAUGUAGACAUGUCUAUAUGUAAACAAACAUUUAAGUAUUUGUUAUGUAUCAAAAUGUUUUAUUAGGUAUGUUGUCUCAUUUGGAAUGUAAGGAAAUUCCUAAUUGUGCAUGCGCGUCUUUCUGUAAACGAAAACCCACACAUUUCUCUGCAAAACUAAACGUGGUAUUUCGUUUAAUGUAUUAGCUCACCGGUUAUCCCUGGCGUCGGCGUCGGCGUGGGCAUCGGCGUCGGUGUUAGCAUCGGUGUCGGCGUCGGUGUUGGCAUCGGCGUCGGCGUCCCACCCAAAGACUUUAAAGUUUUCGGGUAAGUUUUUUGGAAAGCUUGUAAGUUCAAAAGUACACACUCUACGCCCUUGUAAUUUGGUUUAUACGUUUAUUAGAUGUCUAGGGGUGAUGUUGUGGCAAAAUCAUGAAGGAAAACAAAUUGUGUUUUUUUUGUAUUUUACCAUUUUGCCACCAAAAUUCACUUUAAGGUUUUUGGGGUAUGUUUUUGGAAAGCUUUGAGUCCAAAAAUGAGUUAAACAUGAGUGCAUAGUGUAUUUACUGCUGCAGAGGAGCUUCGCAAUUAUUGAUUGCAAUGUGUUGUUUCUACGCUGUAUUGUUUUUCUAUAUUGUAACUGGUGCACUAAGAACAUGUCGAUGGUAUAUUUGUCACAGUAAGUUCCAUUUUACAACUACCCUAUUUGUAUUUGUAUUUAACUCCGUAAGCUCAGGGAUACCUCUACUAAAAUAUUAGGCAGGAUCAACAACUUUGAACCAAACAUUAACGAAAGCUGUAAAGAGACCUUGUUUUCUCUAAGAGGAUAACUGCAACAGGAUAUCAAUAUCAUUGUAAACCUUUAAACGGAAAAUUAAGAAAAAUAUCACGAUAUCGUUUUCGGAUGUACAUGAAUUUGCAAUUUUCUUAAUGGAAAUUACAGUAAUCAAUAUAAAUCGGAUUAAAGGCAGUAAAAAAAUAACUGAAAUAUACUGCAUACAUUUGCUAUGGAUUUUAAAGAUUUACUACUAUUACUCCUUGUCAUGAAUGUAUAAAUGCAAUCGGAUUUUGAAUAAACUUACUAGUAAUAAUCCUUUUACAUUGUAGAUGUGUUUAAUCUAUAAGAAGUAGAAGUUACCUUCUCGAUUUGGAAAGGUAACUUGACCCCGACCCUGUGUUACAAGACUACAAUUAAUUUAAUCAUUCUACAAGUAAUCUGUCAUAGGCGGCGGAAGGGGGCAUGAGUUGCUUUUUGCAUUCUACAUAUUUUCUUUAUUUUGUUUAUUCUCACUCAUUUACAGUUCUUUGAUACAGUAUUUCAGGUAUUUCAUAUAUCAAAAUAUUGACUUCAAAAUUCAAAUUUUAUGUAAGCUUAAUAACUUACACAAAAGGGCAGUGUUUUCGUUGUCUCGUUUAUAAUGUAUUUAUUGUACUAAAAAUACAUGAUAUAAUUGACCAACAAAUGCAUAUAUUAAAACUUUAUUCCUGAUAUUAUAUACUGAUAUAGUACAUGUAUGCUAACUCUCUUAUAUGCCACCUAUAUGUAAAUUAGUAAGAUAUUUAAAAUCCAUCUUUUAUGUUUACAACGUAUUGAUAUUGUGGCUUACCGCGAUUGUUUCGUUUUGUUAUUUGUAAUAUUUUUCAGCAUAAUUAGAAUAUGUAUUUAUAUUGUUGAGAACAAUGAGAAGAAACGCUUCGGAUAUGGACACACCUAUUUUGAUAUAUGCAUACUUCCGCAUGGAUUUCUUUUCGUGAGAACUGAUUAAAAACUAUGUCAAGUAUAUAUCGAUUGCAAUUUCCACCAAUAUACAAAACGUGAAGUAUUUGAAAUUACAACUUUUGGUUCAUUUUUGUCUGGUAUUAAGAAUAAUAAGUUGUUCCAAAGCAAACUAUGAAUAUUUACAUAAUCGGUAUCAAAACAUCAUAGAUACCCUUCAUGCGUUCUUUGAAGAUCAGAAAUGUUAUAUAACUGAAAAAAAUAAAUGAAUAAGUAAAAAAUAAAGGACAAUUCUGUACUAAAUUUCUGUGUACUCUUUAGAUAGAAAUAAUUUGCUCUUUUGUACCAUGUUUGUUCAAGACUAAGGUGUCCAUAUUUGUAUGUACUAUACAUACCACAUAUACCUUUUCAUGUGGUACAUUAUUUUAUGUGCUUUUCCUUUAUCCAUUAAUAUAGAUACAUUAUUUUAAUGGUAGUGUUUUUAUAUUUACUCCUUUUAGUAAAGUUAUACAACCAAAUUGAUAUUAUGGUUAAUUUUCUUGUGAUAAUGCUUUACCAAAUUUCCAUUUUUUUUGAUGAUAUGAAACAAGCACAGUUUAGCACCAAUAUUUCUUAAUACACCUCCAGUUGAAAAAAUAAUAUCAAGAUUACUGUGUAUUGUCUCUGUAGUCAUCACAAUAAGGCAGCGACUUUUUGUUCUGUCACCAAUGUCAAGAAUAAAUUUAGUUCUUUGUUCUUAUUGGUGGGAUUGGAGGUGUUCCUUCCCUUAAGCCUUAUGAAUUGUCGGUCUUGAAAUGUACUGAUGACUCAGUUGAAUAGUACAUCCGAGUCGAAGGUCAGAAAAAAUAUAUUCUUAACCAUUAAUUUAUUGAAACAUACUCAAUCCAUGGUUGUAAUACUUUAUGUAACUAGAAGAUUGUACUAAACUAUCAAAUUAGUGAAUGUAUAUGUGAAUGUGAGAUUGUAGAAAGUUAUUAAAUGUUACUAAACAUAUU